AUGUGUAUUGAGAACGCUAUCAGUGUUCUAUUUUUGUACAUAAACUCUUCCCGUAUUCUUCUAUUUUCUGAUAGAUUGAGGUAGUAUUGGCUUUCUAAUAAACAUUGGCGUCGUGCAUAACAAUAAAUCAUAUAGUAAAUAAUAGUGUAAAACUUUUCUCUAAAAAAAUCAUGAUAAAAAUUCUUAAAAAAUAUUUCAACAAAUGCAACAAUAAAAUGUAAAAGAAGCUUUUAAAAUUCACCCAACAAAGAGAAACAAAGAGAUCGCUUAGAGAAAGCAAAUAAUUUAAUGAAGUGUUACAAUAAAUUUUUUGUUUAUUAUUUUUCUUUUGAAAAAAAAAAACAGAUAAGAAGAUAAGAGUGAUGGAAAGUAGAAAAUAAGGAAGGAAAUAUAACAUAUUCAGUUUAAUUAUGGUUUCUUUCAUGUCUGUAAGUCUGUAUAAGUAAACAAAUUUUUGAUAUAUGGGAUGUUACGUUGUGAUUAAGAUGAUGUUAAAUCCUGAAAUCUAAUCUCUGUAUAAUACUGUUCGUGAUGUAUGGUUUUUUUUUUAUUUCUGCUUAGCUUGUAUAAAAGGAAGGCUGGUUAACGAAAAGUCUUAAAUAUUUAUAUUAUUCAGGCCUUUUCUUAUUUUACUUUCAGAAGUAAAGAACAUGAAUACAGAAAAUGAGGAUCUCUAUCAAAUUUAUAGAUUAAAGGAUACGGAUAAAUCUAUUAAGAAAGCUAAAGAUCACAGAAAUGAAUUUUGUGUUGAUAUACAUUGCAAUAAUACUGAAAAUCCUCUGAUUAAUUGUCCUCAAUGUAUGGUUAAACUGCACGAUUGGAAAUUAGAAGAUCAUUUGAUUAUUUGCUUAGAGAAUAAAAUACCCUGUAUAAAUGCUGUCUAUGGUUGCCCAUCUUUCAUGAGCCGCCGACAAAUAGCUUCCCAUCUUCCCCAUUGCCCCGCUAAUAUAGUGUUUUGUAAAAGGGUUUGGUGCCGUUGGCCAAUUGAGGAAAAACAGGUUCGAUGCGGCUUUAAGAAUUACCAUGUUCGCUUUAGUCAAUUAGAUGUUGCCCUUGCUGUUAGAGAUGACCAUCUUCUCAGGCAAAAGGAAAACUCAUCACCAAGCUGUAUUGAAUUAUGCUCAUGGAAUGGAGCUACUAAGAAUUUUUCUAGAAAUUCAAAUCGACGUUCAAGCAUUGGAUCUGAUACUCCAAGGCAAUUCAAGUUUGAUGAUGAUAGAUGUAAUUCUGUUUGGAAUAAAAAGAAGUAUCCACCUGGUUUAAAGUCAAGCAUUAUACAAAAUCUCUUAUCAACAACUCAGACUGUGAAAGAUCAUGCUCAAAUAAACAGUUCUAUAACUCAAGAAGAAAUGGAUAAUUCUGAAGAGGUAAAGCUCAAAGAUAUUGUCAAACUGGAUCUCCAGAUUGAGUUCCCAUUCGCAUACUCAAUAUCUUCAAUUGACAAUAUCCUCCUCUGUAAUAAACGUUUUCGUCGCGAUGAAAUUCAUUCACAUUACGAAGAUGUUCACAACGAAGUCCAAUCCAAUAUCAAUGGAUGGUAUCAGAUAAGGUGUCCCCUGGCUUAUGCUGGCUGUAACUGGCAUACUUAUAGAUUCGCACCCGGAAUCAAUUCUCAAAUGCACUAUGAUUUUGAGCUUGAUGCUUUCAUACCGUCAUUGAACAAUUGCAAAAAAAAUGAUGAAAACAAACAGACAGUUGUUGAUAUUCAUAUGCAUAAAACAAGAGAAGGAACCCCUGAAAUAUAUACUUCUUGCGAUUAUAACUCGAAUGUCACUGCAAAUGAUUUAUCAACACCCGCUAGAGAUCGUUGUCGCUCAUCAACCCCUAAAGAGAUAGCAUCAUCCAACGUUUUUUGUCAGUCUCAGCUGUUAAGUCUGCCAAUAGAGCUUCUUUUAAUCAUCAUGAGCUACCUGGAUUCAUCGUCUCUAUGGAGAUUAUCAUCAACUUGCCAUCAACUACAUGAAUUAUGUGAACCUGUAGUAAAAAAGAGAGGUAUAAUCGAUCUUACAUGGGAAAAAGAUGCAAAAAGUUGCUGGAAAGUUACAAAAAAGACUUGGCAUUUUACAACGGCUUUUUCAAAAGUUAAUUGGAUUUCUAUGGAUAGGCCUAAAGUUACUGAACACUUAAAAAUCUGCAAGUUCUAUAAGAAAAAUGUCAGAGAACAACCUUUUAAAAUCUUAUCGGAAUAAAGGAUCUCGCUUUGACAGUAUUCUCAGAAUAAUAACUUUUCUAAAUAAUUGUUUUUCUCGUUUCAAUUGUAUUAAAGGCGAAAUUAACAUUCAGCAAAAUAAAUGGUUAAUUCAUAAAAUCUUAUGUAACAUAGUAACAAAUAUCUAGUUACGAAUAAGAAACAAGGAAAUAUUGAACUGUUACGGAGACAAAAAUCUUUGAUUCGUUGUUUUGGUAAAUUUCAAAAAAAAAAAAAACAAAAAAAAAGAGACAGUGAAAGAUUUUAAUAGACAGAUAGGGAAAAUUUAAAAGAAAGCACUUUCUAAUGAGUAAUAAUAUGCAUCAAGGUAGUUGGAAUGAAAUUUGCCCUUCAUGAAUGACAAAAUAAAGUAUAAUUUGUAUAAAAGAGACAAAAGAUAUGAAAUGGAUAAUAAGCACAGAACAAAAAAGCAAACCAGUUAAAAGUAAUGGGAAAUUUUUAACGAAAGCUAUGUUUUUCUCUUUUCUUUUAACAGAACGUUUGGCAGUAAGAAAGUUUAGUAAUGAGAUUCUAACAAGCACAAGAAGGAAAAAAAGAGAAAUAAAAAAUACAAAGAUCUGUUUUUUUACAGAUUAUCUCGGAUCAUGCCUGCAAAGAUGCCUCCUUCCCUAGUUUUUAAAUCAUCGGGUGAACCAGUCUCAAUAACAUCGCCGUUUUGUAAAACGACUAUGGUAUCAUAGUUUAGAAUUGAUGCCACUCUAUGGGCGAUUGUUAAAACUGUCCUAUCUUUGAAAUGAUGCUUGAUAACUUCUUGAACAAUUCUAUCUGUAACCAUAUCAACUGAUGCAGUAGCUUCAUCCAUAAUUAAGAUGUUAGAAUUACGUAAUAAAGCCCGAGCCAAACAGAAUAACUGUCGUUGACCUAAACUGAAAUUUUCGCCUCCUUCUGAAACAGCUAAUUCUAAGCCUUGACCUUCUUUUUGAAUAGUUGGUGAUAAUUGAGAAAUUUCCAAAGCCUUCCAAAUAGCCUGAUCUGUAUACUUGUGGGCUGGAUCUAGAUUAAACCUCACUGUACCUGCGAACAAUACAGGGUCUUGUGGAAUAAUAGCUAGUCUAGAUCUUAAUUGUCUUAAUGGAACUCUGCUGAUAUCAAGUCCAUCGAUUUCUGUUUUUCCAUUUGAUGUAUCUAUCAAUCGGAAUAGUCCCAACAUAAGUGAAGAUUUUCCACUGCCAGUUCUACCACAAAUUCCAACCUUAUCUCCGCCGCUAAUGUUCAGAUUAAGACUCUUUACAACGUUGUUUAGACUCUCAUCAUAUCUUAGAGAUAAAUCGUUCAGAGCAAUGACACCCUUUUCUGGCCAAGAAUCUCUUGGAGCUUCUCCAUCUUCAAAAUUUUCAUUUUUAAUUGUUGUGUAAUGACAAAUUCUUUCGACCGCGUUGAAAUACAUUUCAGUUUCUGACAUCGCUUUCAUCAUCCAAUUCAAGUUUGCAGAAAUCAU